AUGGAUCCACGAGAAAAGGAACCCCCUCCAAGGCUUAAGCAGGAGGGAGAGCUCAGCAGUUACAGCCUCCCGCCCUCGACUUUUUCGAGUCCUUUCGAUUCUGCCAUCGACCAAAACCCCAUUUCAGAGGGAUAUGUCGGCCAAACCGCCGCUCACUCGGUGUGGCAGUCGCAGCCAAAGACAGACCUAGACUCACAGCCGUGUCAAUCCUUCCACAAUACGUGGCCUUAUCUUCCCACACUCCCUCGUCUCAACGAGGAAACACAUACGUUGCCACCCUUACAGGGCGCGCCCAACACUUUUCAUGAAGCACCCUCUCAUCAGCUACAGCCGGUCGGUGUUUACCAGCCAAGCAGUCAAUACUUCGUGGAGCAGCAACAAUACAUGUAUCCUGAGCCAAGCCCAGAGAUCCCGCCACCAAUCUACCCAUCUGUCGGUAGUGAUCCGUAUCGUCAAACAAAUCUGACACCGCGAUGGUACAAUGCGUUCCCGCAUACCGAGAGCAAUGCAUUCAGACCAACUGCAAGCGUCUUGGGCAAUACCGAGCAGUAUCCUGCCAAUAGUCUCCACACCCAGCACCAGACGAGCUACCAGGAAGCCUCCGCUACAAGUGAUUCGCUCCCUACUCAACGGCCACGACGUGGACGUCCCCCGGGGUCCAAAAACAGCCAAAAGGACCCCGCGGUAGAUAAAUACAAGUUCCGCUGCACGUUCUGCUGCGACUCGUUCGAACACAAGUCUAGUUGGUCACGGCACGAGGAGUCGCGUCAUUUGAGUCUCGGCGGAUGGAAGUGCACGCCACAUGGUCCCUUGACAGUAUCAAACGUCGACGGCACGCUGGCCUGCUCCUACUGCGGCUUGCCCAAUCCGGCAGAAGAGCACUUCCAGGAACACGAGGGCCCCAACUUCCCCAGAUGCAACAAGGAGCAAAUUUUCACCCGCAAGGACAACCUCGUUCAUCACCUCAGGCGUGCCCACAAGGUCAAGACUGCCCCCCGGUGGGGUGUGCAGUCGCCGAUUAUAACAUCGCGCUGCGGAUUCUGCGACGCCCAUUUGGCGUCGUGGGACCAGCGCAAGGAGCAUCUGACUGUGCAUUUCCACGACGGGAAGACGAUGUGGGAUUGGGAGGGAGGGCACGGUUUUGCCCCUGAGAUCGCGGCUCAAGUCACCAGAGCUAUACCCCCGUAUACGAUUGCCGCCAAGUCAGCUGCGAUGGGAAACCGGCAACGAUCGAUGCAGCAGAUGUAUCCUGGGUAUUAA